CCACACAAAGCUUUGUUCCCUGGUGACCAAUACCCCACAAACUAUUUGCUUCCCUAUAAUGAGUGAGAAAAACUCAUUACUAUGGUCACUCCUAAAAGAGAAGGAACGUGAGGGCUGGAGCAAGAGGAAGAGGAAAAGAAGAAAGAAAAAUGAUAAUCAAGGUGCAAACCACAUUGAUGAUUAUCGGAUUAGUGAUUUACCAGAAGAUCUUCAGAGUUAAGGAUCCAAGAGAGAACCAUCCCCAUCUAGUAAUGCCAUAGGCCUCUGUGAAAGGUUAUCUGCUUGACUCUUUUUGAGGGGAAGGGGAGGUUGUGGAACAGUACUCUUCUUAAAGGAGAUAUGCUGAAGCACAGAGAAGGUGCGGAUGGUGAAUCCUCUGAUUCGUUAUUGUUUGAAGAUAAGGAACUCUUGCAGUAUAAGGGCAAAGCCAGUCUCCUCUCCAACACGUACUUCUUGCAAUAAAAACAAAAUGCAUCUAUAUGAGAAGGGCAGGAAUAGGCUUAAUGAUUAAGAUCUUCCUUACAAUCUACACAUUUGGAGGCAGCCAAAAUCACUGGAGUACACAAGUCCUCAGGCAUGUAUCACAAUUAAAGCAAAAAAUUGCUGAACUUAGCUAAUUGUGCAUAGCAAAAUAGCAGAUAAACUUCAAAAGACUGAUUAUUCCUUUCAAUAUAGAUGAUUGUUCCCC